AUCUUCCUCCUUCUCAAUAGCUUUCAUUGCAGCUCUGUACAUAGACAAGGACUUGGAGUACGUCCAUACCUUUAUGAACGUCUGCUUCUUCCCUCGACUUAAGGAGUUCAUCCUCAACCAGGACUGGAACGACCCCAAGUCCCAGCUGCAGCAGUGCUGCCUGACGCUCCGCACCGAGGGCAAGGAGCCCGACAUCCCCCUCUACAAGACACUGCAGACAGUAGGGCCGUCUCAUGCCAGGACCUAUACUGUGGCCGUCUACUUCAAGGGGGAACGCAUCGGAUGUGGCAAAGGCCCAAGCAUCCAGCAGGCUGAGAUGGGGGCUGCCAUGGACGCACUGGAUAAAUACAACUUCCCGCAGAUGGCCCACCAGAAGCGCUUCAUCGAGAGAAAGUAUCGGCAGGAGCUGAAGGAGAUGAGGAGAGAGCGGGAACGCCAGGAGCGGGUGAGCGACGAUGGUGAAGACAGCAAGAAGUGAUGUCAGACACUGUCACGUGGGAUCGGGAACAGGAAGUGUCCUACUGGGGAGGCAGGAUGGGGACACUGUCACAACAGCAGUUUACAGUGUGCUGUGACUCGUCUUCGCCAUUGGGAUUUCACUGUUUCACCAUCAUGUUAAAGGGAUAGUUCACACAAGUAUUGAAGUUCGGCCCACUCGCAGUCAUCUGGCUAGAAACAGAUUAUUGCAGGGGGUUUUCCCGAGCAGCUUGUUUCUAUACAGUUGGGAUCCACAGUGGCCUUGUAUUUAAGUCUCCAAAACGGUUUAAAAAAAAAAAGUCUAUAAAAGAGCUCCAGGUGUUUUGAUGUCAUCAGAUGCCUUUGUGUGAGGAACAAAGCAAACUUGUAUUCGACCAAGUAUGAUUGAAAAAAAAAAAAAAAAACGUCCACAUAAGCUAUUAGAGGCUUUUCCAACUGGGCGUAAUAAGCGACUAGCAUGAUUCUGCUUUUCGACAGAAAAAUAUCUGCUAUUCAUCAAGAAUAGCAGAUAUUCUUUUAUCAGAAAACAGUUAAAUAAUCUGUCCCUCACCUAAAAUUCAUCAGAACACUGAGCAUUCCACAGGUCCUUCUGACCAAAGAGAGAUUGGGCAGGGUGCAGAAUGCAAUGCCCUACUAUCACAAGGGUGAGUAAGUGAUGGCAAAUUUUUAUGGGUUGAACUAUCCCUUCGAGUUUGUCUUAAUUUCUUCUAAUGUGUGUGUGAUUGUGUGUGUUUUUUGUAUGUAAUGGAUUUAUCUGUGUAUGUACGUUUUAAAUGACCUUUGUCUUGGUAAUAAAUAGCACCAGAAGUGAAUGCCAA